CCCACAAAACUCGGACGCAAAAAAAUGGAAGCUGCAUUGGUCACAAUUCUGAUUCUGAUACUUGUUCUGAUAUGCACAUGGAAGGUGUUAAACUGGUUAUGGCUGAGGCCGAAGAGACUCGAAAGGCUUCUGAGAGAGCAAGGCCUUCAUGGCAAUCCUUACAAGCUUCUGGUUGGAGACAUGAAGGAGAUUGCCAAGAUGCGAAGUGAAGCCUUAUCCAAACCCAUUAAUCUCUCUCAUGACAUAGUGCCUCGUGUGCUUCCCUUUGACCAAUAUAUUGUGAACAAACAUGGCACAAAUUGUUUUAUCUGGAUGGGACCAUCACCAAGGUUGACCAUCACAGAUCCUGAUCUAAUCAGAGAUGUAUUCAACAAAAUUAAUGAUUUCAAUAAGCCUAAUAUAUAUGUGUUGAAUCCACUAGCAAGGUUAAUACUUCCUGGUCUUCUAAGAUAUGAGGGAGAAAAGUGGAACAAACACAGAAGGAUAAUCAACCCUGCAUUCAAAAUGGAAAAAUUGAAGAAUAUGCUACCAUUAUUUGCCGAAUGUUGCGAUGAUAUGAUUGGCAAAUGGGAAGAAAUGGUGUCUACAAAUGGAUCAUGUGAAGUGGAUGUAUGGCCUUUCCUUCAGAAUUUGGCUAGUGAUGUUAUUUCUCGAACAUCAUUUGGAAGUAGUUUUGAAGAAGGAAGAAGAAUAUUUGAACUUCUAAAAGAGCAAGCUAAACUUAUCUCAACAAUUGCAAGCAAAGUUUACAUCCCUGGUUGGAGGUUUGUACCUACUCCUACCCAUAAAAGGGUGAAGGAAAUUGACAGAGAUAUAAAAGCUUCGCUUAAGGAUAUAAUUAACAAGAGAGAGAAAGCGCUAAAGGAGGGUGAAGCCACUAAAAAUGACUUGUUAGAUAUACUUUUGGAGUCAAAUCAUAGGGAAAUUCAAGAACAUGGAAACAAUAUGAAUGUUGGAAUGAAUAUUGAGGAUGUUAUUGAAGAAUGCAAGCUAUUCUACUUUGCAGGGCAAGAGACCACAGCAGCUUUGCUUGUUUGGACAAUGAUAUUGCUGAGUAGGUACCCUGAUUGGCAAGUACGUGCAAGGGAGGAAGUGUUGCAAAUUUUUGGAAAUCGAAAACUAGAUGUUGAUGGCCUAAGUCACCUCAAGAUUGUUACCAUGGUUUUGUAUGAGGUUCUUAGAUUAUACCCACCAAUAAUUGGUUUUGGUAGAAAAAUUCACAAAGAUGUGAAACUUGGAAAUCUAUCAUUACCGGCAGGAGUGCAACUAUUGUUACCAACAGUUAUGGUUCAACAUGAUUGUGACCUGUGGGGUGAUGAUGCUAAGGAGAUCAAAUCUGAGAGAUUUUCUGAAGGAGUUUUGAAGGCUACAAAUGGUAAAACAUCAUUUUUUCCAUUUGGAGGGGGUCCUAGAAUAUGUAUCGGCCAAAACUUUUCCUUGUUGGAAGCAAAGAUUGCUUUGUCAAUGAUUUUACAACAUUUCUCAUUUGAACUUUCUCCAACCUAUACUCAUGCUCCAUUUACUGUGGUUACUCUUCAGCCACACCACGGUGCAUAUGUCAUUCUAAGUAAGGUCAAAAUAUAAAAAAUAACAAUUAGCUCCUAUUUUAUGGUUUGUAUUAUUCUCUUGUUGAAAAGUUUGUUGUUGUAAUAAUUAAAGAAUUGAUAGACACGAACUUCUUUGUAUUUCUGUUUAUUGUUUUUUUAUUUAUUUAUAAAUUUUAA